CUGCUCUCAGCGAGAUGUCUUCAGCUUAUAAACCGAGGGGGAUGAUCCAAUCUCUCUCGAAAAAAGUAUCACACAAUGUCGAAGCUUACUUACAACCAUGGAGCCGUGUCGAAACUACUGAGCAGCUCGAAAAUGCAAGCUUUUACUCUGUAUGGUUCUCACGGUUCGACCAACACCGAUCGUGUUCGCCUCACUCUCGCCGAAGGUGGCUUUACGGAUUACAAACUCGUGCUUCUCAACCUUCAAAAAGGGGAGCAAAAGUCCAAAGAACACAAAGAACGUCACCCAUGGGGUAAAAUACCCGUAAUGACUUCCGCAGAAGGGUUCACUCUCUACGAGAGUCGCGCAAUCUGCAAAUACCUUGCAACGAAGUACGCCUUUCCACUUCUACCACCUGACUCUGAUGUCGAAGCUGCAUCGCUGUUCGACCAAGCGCAGUGCGCAGAGAUGCUCUACUUUGCAGAGCCUGCCGGUAGAAUCGCAUUCGAGAAAUUUGCGAAAAGAUUCAUGGGACUGCCUCCCGACGAGACUCUUGUUACAGAUGCAAUGCGGUCGGUCGAGUCGUUUUUCGAUGUCGCAGAAUGUCUCUUACAACACAAAGACUACAUGGCGGGAAGCAGCUUCACCCUCGUGGAUAUCUACUACAUUCCGCUGAUCCAAAGACUUUUCGCAUGCGGGUACGGAGAUAUCAUCGUCAGCCGUGGAGCUGUGAGUGCUUGGUGGGACCGCUGCGUGAAUCGGCCAGCCAUACAGAAGAUCUUAGUAGCUGACAAGGAGAUGGCGGUUUCUGCCAGUAGAUAG